AUGAGCAACAUGUUUGCGCUCCAGUGGCACAUGACGCGCUCUGGCGCUCAUCAAGUGGCGUGUUUCUCAGCUGCUGCUGCGACUACGACUACUGCUACAACCCAUGAAGUUGCUUCAAAUAUUCUACAGCUAGUUGUGCGCAAGACUGAGGGCUCACGUGCAUCUCGACGACUGCGCAAGCAAGGCUUUCUACCUGGUGUCCUCUACGGUGAGGGUGAAGAUGGCAAGGAUGAGCGCGUGCUUGUCUCAUUUCCAACACGUUCUUUUGAACGAAUGCAUCGUAAGCUUUGGACUUCUAUUGAGAAUCAGGUGUUUCAGGUGCAGGUGGAUGAUCAAUUACCAGUUAAGGCCUACAUGCGGGAUGUGCAGCUGGAUCCCGUGACGGAUGUGCCCUUGGCUGUUAACUUUUUGCGCUACAAACCCGGUCGUAUCAUGUCCAUUCCAAUCACGUAUUUGAAUGAAGAAAGCAGUCCUGGUCUUAAGCGUGGAGGCUAUAUCAAUCACAUUUACCAUGCGCUUGAGUGCACUAUCUUUACAGACGACAUCCCUGCCACGUUGCAAAUUGACGUCAAUGGUCUGCACGUAGGCGACAAGGUAUACUUGGAGUCCAUCAAGCUUCCGGAAGGCGUGAAGGCCAAUAUUCCGGAGGGAUCGCUUGUCGCCAAAAUUGCUGGUCGUCGUGGUCUUAUUCCACGCGUGGAGACUGUGGUCGAGGAAGUGGUGGAGCAGAAGGAAGAGGAGGAGGACGACGAAGAGUUUGAUGACUGGAACGACAUCUUUUAG